UUCAUUGCUGCAGACAUGACUCCCAUAGCCAAAUCCUUUUAUGACCUAAGUGCCACUGAUCUCCAUGGGGAAAAAGUGAACUUCAACAAUUUCAGGGGGAGAGUGGUCUUGAUAGAGAACGUGGCCUCCCUCUGAGGCACAACAGUGAGGGACUAUACCCACAUGAACCAGCUGCAGAGUAAAUAUCCUCGGCGGCUUGUUGUUCUGGGUUUCCCUUGCAACCAGUUUGGCUACCAGGAGAACUGUGCUAAUGAAGAGAUCCUCAACAGCUUGAAAUAUGUGCGGCCUGGGUCUGCAUUUGAACCCAACUUCACAGUUUGCCAGAAAUGUGAGGUGAAUGGCAAGAACACCCAUUCUGUCUUUGCCUAUCUGAAGGACAAACUUCCAUACCCGGAUGACAACCCCUCCUGCUUGAUGAUGGAACCCAAGUUUAUUGUAUGGAGCCCAGUAUAUCGCAAUGACAUCUCCUGGAACUUUGAGAAGUUCCUUGUGGGGCCUGAAGGAGAGCCUUUCAAGCGCUACAGUCCCAGAUUCCUCGCCACUAACAUCGAGCCUGAUAUCAAACGACUGUUGAAGCUUGCCAAAUAAGAGUCACAGGGGGAAAUCUGAAAAUUUUAGUAGGCCCACCAUAACAAGGCAAGACAAAAAGGUUAUCAUAAAUUAAUCAUGCUAUGCUCACAAAUGUCCCCUAAAAUCCCUUUUAGAGAACUGGCCUAAAAAACAAUCCAUUUCCUAAUUCCUUCUGCUUUUCUUUACAACUGAGUGUAUGAGGUGAUUCAUCCUAACUCUUGCCACCGCCAACAUCAGACUUUUACUAAGUGAUGGUACUCUCCUAAAUUUCAAGGGAGGGGGCCUGAAAGGUGUAAAGGUACUGAUCUGGCCCUUGUUUGCUGGGUACUUUUUGUUUCAUGAGUUAAAUAAAUAUGCUGAAGA